CUUUUCCUGUCAGCGCCUCUGGCACUCCAGGAGGAGAAAGGAAUGAGUCGGCUGAAGUCAGUUAUCAGAUGAAAAAUUCCGAAUUCUCUGUCCAGUUACUUGAAACUGAAACAGAGUGAAAGGGAAGGGGAGUGAGUCGGAAGUGCCUUGGUUCAGCCCAGUUGCCAUGGAGACUAAUAGUAACAAGUUUGGUAAACCACAGGGUUGGAGGCCAUGGCUACUUUAGCCAAGCUGCAGGCUCGGUCGAAGCUUCUAGAAACUGAGUACUACUUUAGGAACCGUGUUGUUGACACAUUGAGGAAAAGAGAGAACGAGGCCGCUGUGAGGAUUCAGAGCUGGUUCCGAGGGUGCCAAGUCCGCGCAUACAUCAGGCACUUGAACAGAAUUGUGACAGUUAUGCAAAAGUGGUGGAGAAGUUACUUAGGCAAAAAACGUUACCAACUUAUUGUUGAGGCAGCGUAUUACACCAUGAAGAUGAAUCUCUACAAUGAAAUGGCUGUCAGGAUCCAGAAGCGAUGGCGUGGAUAUAGGAUCCGAAAAUAUUGCUUUAAUUAUUAUUAUUUGAAAGAAUAUUUAAGAGCUGUUUCAGAGACCAAUGAUGCAGUUAGGGAGGCUUUGGAGGAGUUUGCAGAGAUGAAAGAGAGAGAAGAGAGGAAGGCUCGCCUGGAACAGAUCGAGAAGCAAAGAGAUCAGCAAGCCUGCAAGAUGCAUUACCUGCUCAGCACAAAGCAGAUUCCAGGUGUAUUCAAUUCACCUUUCCGAAAACAGCCCGACCCGUGGGAGCUGCGGCUGCAGAAGACAAAGCCUGUAAUGCGCCAGAGGGCCCCUGUGGCAAAGAGCCAGUCCUACCAGAGCCUCAGCAGCUGGCUGGAGUGCACCAGUGCCCGCUCCUUCCCGCAUUCGGCAAGUCUGCCGCCCAUCGACAGGAAGCAGUGUCAGGGACCCUUCCGAGCCAUCAGUGACGUUUUGCAGCAGCGUUACAAGCCGUUGGAGCCCACCCUGAGGGUGGCAGAACCCAUCAACCACUUGCAACUGGCCAGAGAGAUGCUCAAGCAAGAGGAAUGGAUGCGCAACGUGAAUGAAAAGAUGUUUUUGCCAUUUUCUUCCUACCAUAAAACCGAGAAGUACAUCCCAAUGAUACACUCAUCAAGCAAGUAUGAUUCUGGCUCAUAUGGACAGAAGCACUUUCGCAGUCAAGAGCCUAAAAAGUGGAUCUGUGACAAGGAUUUUCAGACGGUACUGCCAUCAUUUGAACUCUUCUCAAAGUAUGGAAAGUUGUAUUCGAGAGCUGGACAAAUUGUAUAAAGAGAACACAAGAAGAUGUAACGUGGAAUUGAGGUUAAGAUGAAGUGAGGACAAAAUACACUGUGCC